CUGAAGAAAGACGAAGUCAAAGUGGCCUUAAUUCAGUGGCUUUCCAGUCUUCCACCACAAGAACUCCCUGCAAGCCUGUUAUUGAUGGAUCUGUGCUGAGGAAUGACAUCAAACAGAAGCUGGCGAAAGAACGCAGGGAAGAAAAAAGAAGACAACAGGAUGGAAAAGUUCAAAGCUGUUCUUUACCGAACCAUGGAACGGAGCAACCGUGUAGAUCGUCAAAAAAGAUGGUCCUGGGAAGGCUCUACUGUGCCUGUGAACUCGGAAAAUAAAGCUGGUGAUAAGCAUCCUGUAUGUACUGAAAAAUUAGGGCAAGGAACUUCUGGUUUACAAAAACAAAAGUCUUUGUCAUCUGCCGGUCUUCAAAAUUCCACUGCCAGGAAAAAAAUGGAUAAGACAAGAAGCCCAUCUUUGAACAGACGAUACAGUAAACAAAAUCCAUCCUCAGAAGUGGAACAAGUAGAAGAAAAGCCUCCUGGUUGUCACCGGUACACCAAUGUUCGGGAGAAUAUUUUAAUCUCUCGCCUACUGGUUCCAACGAAAGCAUCAAUAGCGAGAAGCAAAAGUGUUGCUUCAUUGUCAGCUCCUGGAAAAGAUGUUCCAGGAACCCAUACAACAGUAAUCCAAUACGUAAAUGUGCCUCUGCGGAGCCAUAGCAGCGACGAACUAAAGGCUGCCCUCAUGCUGCGCAAGUCAGCUCCCUCUGUGCCGCCCCAAGAGAAAGUGGAAACACCGCAAGAGGGGAGCCUGGAGGCUCCUGCUGAGGCACGUGUGGAAUCACCCUCCAAAGCCGACACUGAAGCACUCCCCAUGGCAAGUAAGGGGACACCUCUCAAGGCGAGCAGCAAAACAGCUCCCAGGGUAGAUCCGGAAGUGCUCUUCGAGCACUACAAGAUGGUGCCCCCCGAUGUGAGUUGUGGAGUACUCUCCACUGAAAAUGUGGAAGAACCCUCUGUAAGCAUGGCAACAUCAUCCAAGGCCAACAUGGAAGCGUUCCUCCAGGGAAACAUGGAAGAUCUCCCUGGAUCGAGCCUGCAAGGGCUGCCCAAGAGCCAGGAAACCUCACCUGAAGUGAGUGUGGAUCCGUCGCCUGAGGUGAGCAUCGACUCUUCUCCAGAAGUUAGCGUUGACCCAUCACCUGAAGUGAGCAUUGACUCCUCCCCCGACGUGAGCGUGGAUCCUUCUCCAGAGGUGAGCUUGGACUCUUCCCCUGAUAUGAGCUUAGAAGCAUCAUCUGAAGCCAGUCCAGACUCAUCUCCCAAGGGAAGCACAUCAUCAUCUCCUAAGACCAGCGAGGAAGCUCUCCUCAGGGAAUGUGUGAGGGGGUCCCCUGAGAAAUCAGAGAUGGACAAACAAGCCUCAACCCCUGUCAUCAAGAGGCGCCCAUCACCAGGCAUCUCAUCUUAUAAAUGGUCAUCAUCUCUAGGGUUGAGUCCAACUUCUCCUGUCAGCCCAAAGCAAAUUCAGAAGACUCGACCUCCUUCGCCUUCACCUAGUGUGUCAAGACGGUCUCCGCCAUCGUCUCUUUCUUACAGAGUAUCUCCCGUUCAGCACACCGUAUUCACACCAAAUGUCUUAGGUGCUAUCAGAAAGAAAAAAGAAACUGUUUCUAAAGCCCCUAAAAGAUAUGAGUCCAUGAACUUAAAGAUGUCCUACGAAGAGUCUGGCAAUAAAAGUGCACCCGGAACUUUGAAUGCCGAAGAGGCAAUGAAAAUUUUGGCAGAAAAACGACGCCUUGCUCGUGAACAGAAAGAGAAAGAAGAAAAACUCCAGGAAGCUCAUGGAAGGCAAGAGAAGCUCGUGACAGAGCCAGCAGCUGAAGACCAAGAAGCCUCACAAGUUGGUGAGGGGCAACAGCUGAAAGAGACGAAGGAAAGUGGGCACGAUGAAGAUGAGCAGAGUGGGCAACAUCAGAAAGGGGACAGCAAAAUAAGAGCUCAGGAGGAGGCCGACAAACGCAAGAAGGAGCACGAGAGAAUUAUGUUACAGAAUUUGAAGGAAAGAUUAGAAAGAAAGAAGAGAAUUGAGGAAAUCAUGAAGCGGACAAGAAAGACAGAAUGGAAUGCCUCCAAGAGUGUGGAAACAUCUGGCAAGAGCACAUACAAGGUGGACAAGGCAGAUGAGGAGGACGAGGCGGACGAUGAGGACGAGUCCGAAAGUGAGGAUUCUCUCAGGGACUCGCACUCGCCAGCCUUUGUAAAUAGUGUACAUUUAUCCACAAAGCCCAAAGCACAUUUUAAAAAGGCAAGGAAGAAGGGACCCAAACUUGUGUUUUUAGAUGCCACUUCUAGUCAAAUCAAUGAGACACAAGCAUGUUUAAAUGGUGACGUGAAAGUCUUCAGACAAAAGAGUGUGAAAGACCCUUUGGCUCAAGCAAAGGGCAGCAGAUCAUCCACCAAAAGAAUGACCAACCGAACAGCAAAAUCCAGAAAGACAAACAAAACUAGUAAGACCAUGGGACCUUCCAGGAGUUUCCAUUCACAGGCACAGGAUUGGGUACAUGAUAAGAUUGUUGACAUAGGAAGCGAAUCAGAACCACGUGUGUCCAUUAUCCCUCCACAUAGCCAAAAGCACAACCUGGAAGGUUCUACACUGUCUCACCAAAAGGAAGUGUCUUUAGAUGUCAAGAAAAACAAAUCCGUCUCUGCUCCACCUGAUAUGUAAACUGAGCCCCGGCGCCCUGGAGGAGGAUUCCCCUCCGCUCUGGACUUCAGUUUCCAGGCCACCUCCCCAACUUACUCCACCUCCGACUCAAAUAUGGCAAAGAGCAUGACCGUCAGCGUAAAAAGGAAACAUGAAGAAGCCACUCAGCCUGUCUCAGAUGCUCAUUCCAUCUUGGCUCUGGCCCAUGAGGGUUCUGAGUAAAGGUGCUGCUUUUUUUCUUGUAAAAAUCUCCUGCUCUCUCAUUCUUGGGUUUUCUGGUCAACACAGGUGUGAGUGUGUACCAGAGUGUCUAUAAAAUGCUAACUCUUGAGUUGCUGAGAGACUGUACCAAAGGAAUACCUUCAUGUCUGUUUGUGUUUGAAAUCUUAAUAUUUAUUCUGUGUCACAAUUACAUUCGCCAUUGACAACCACAUCCUGGUCUCGCGUGACGCUGACUGGGGUAGAAGCCCCGGGGGACUUUGGAUUGUUUCCCAUGCGCUGACACCCAUGGUGGCAGAAUGGAAUGGGUCACAGGGUACCCUGUGGGCUGACUCGGACCUGGGCUUCUACCAGACAUUUCAAAUUUUGCUGUAGUCUGCCAGCCCAUGGACCCCCAGAUGCUCGGGUGAGAAGUGUGACCCUGGGUGGUUCACACCUUUGACAUACAUGUUGCUGUACUUGAAGUCGGUUAACUGUUGCUUGGUGUUUUUAAUUCCACUAAAUGUUAACUGUAUCCCUGUCCUUGUCCUCUGCUGCCCUGGGAGUUGCACCCCAAAGAGGCUUGAUUUCGGUAGCCUCUGACAGCAGCUGGGUGCUGGAGCAGCAGCCUUAUUCUGUCCUGGUGGCGGGUAGGGACACACGCGGUGUGUGUUCUGAAAUCACUUUGACUCUGCUUAAACUUUAAUAUUGACCAAAAUGUCAUUGUCCUAAUGCUAGUGAAUGUGACGGGACUCGCAAGUGUCCUGCGUCCUUUUCUAGCCCCGGAGUUGCAUUAGGAGAAGGAAGUAGGUCUGUGUGACUCCCCAGUUCUUUGCUGUCCAAAGGACUGUCCUUCGUUAUAGAUUAUAGCUCAGUGCCUUGGAUUUCAAAACUAGUUUCCUAUGCUAGCUUUUCUAUAGAAGGCAGAGUCCUCACAAAUGCGUUUCUGCCCUUCAUCUGCACAAAUGUCAUGUGUUGAAAGACUGUUAAAGCUCCAGAGAAAUGUGUACUGUUUGAAAUAAACUU